AUAACAAUAACAACUCAAAACAAACUGGGAUUUCGAAGUCCUAAUAAGCUCGAUUUCUGGAACGAACUAGGAUUACAACAACAGAAAAGGAGACAAGAUCACCUUAUCAGAAUGGAGAAUAUAGUUUCACUCUGGAAUAUACCAUGGUUAAUGGAAGAACCAUUAAACCUGAGAGAAUACUUCGAGGAGUACCAUACACUUCUUGACAAGGCUACCAAUACUGAACAUCAAAGGGUUGAUAGUGAAAACCCUGUAUUAGAUUUCUUGAACCUGCCAGAACAGAAACCAGGUCCUAGUGGCAUGGCUAUUAAUGUCAACAAACAGAAAUAUUUGGAGGAAUGUAGUGUUGAUCUGCUGACCGUGGAGGAUGAACUAACACCCCAAGAGCCAGUGAAAGAGCCUUCUGUUCAGUCAGGCCGCAUAGUCAACUGGUUUGCCGGAACCUUUCAAGAUGGGGUCAUCCCAGCAAGUGCAAAGGAAAAGCUGAAAACAUUAAAGGAUCAGGCACACGAAUUACAUCUACGUGAAACAGUGCCAGAUUACUUACGCCUUCGACACAGGCUGCUGAAGUAUGCCUCCACUGUCCGCAUGGUGACAGAUGAAGAUAAUAGUCCUGAGCCAACAACAGUCCCGAGAGAGAAUUGCAAACGUUUAAGGGACAUUGUGCUCAACAUUCGCAUCCAGAGGCCCUACCACAAGAAAACCCACCUGAAAAAAGCAUGCAAUCGAUUUCCAUCACACAGUCAAGAACUACUAGUCCUGGGGUCACAGAAGUUGACAGAGCUACGGGAUGCAAUCAACUGCAUCAAUGACCUGGGUGUCAACGAGGACCUGUCAUGUGAUCCAGAAUUUCAUCAUCUUUCAUAUAUGAGGAAUAAUUCUUCAGCAAUCAUUGUCAAGAGUAAAGUUCAGUUAGUAUUCCUGAUUUGCAAAAACCAAAUUUCCUUCUGGAUUUUCUCAUCAAUGUUUUUUUAUGAUGACCUUCGCCGAGAGGGAUCAAAACGUUACAGUGAAAGCAUUAUUAACUGGGCAAAGAAGCACCCAGAGAUCGGUGAGAUGAGAGCAGAAAGCAUGAGCGAGACAACUUUCCUUGACUUGAAGGUGCGUCUAGGCUACCCAUAUGUAUUUCUUCACCAAGGAAAUUGUGAACACAUUCUCAUCUUCACAGAUGUCAGAUUACACCACAAGAACGAUGUUCCGGAUCCCCUGCGCUUCCCUUUGCUACGAGGACAAGCAUCAAAACUUUCAGUCAAGUGUGUCAUCUGCUCUCUAAACUUAGCUAACUGGAUUGUGUUGGAUGAACCCCGCCUGCCCAUAGCAAUUGCCCAUGUGUGCCAUCGCUGCCUCAAGAUGUUCUGUUAUGAUCACAAGGGUGAAAAGAUAAAUAAUUUCAAAGUCUAUCCCUUCUUCGAUGAGUUUCUGUCACAACAAAAGAAGCCCCAUACCAACAAAGUAAUAAUGUGAUGAAAGUUUCUAACCUGUGACAUACAGUUAAAAAGCCCACUGCCACCCUUGCAUACCCUUAGGACGGUAGAUGAGACAAUCUAAUUGUGAAGAUGUCUGGUUAAGAAAUAAACUGAAUUGGCAAGUUAUUUCAAGAAGAGUGAAGGAGUAGAGUUCAACAAUGAAACAAAUUUGUUUGUUACUUGAUAUAGCCUAUGUAUGAAGAGACAGAAUGUUAAAUUGUGUUGCCUUUUUUUUCCAUAGUAAAGAUUAUAUUUUAAGUUCUUA